GCGUGUUUGGCGAGCCGCACCGGACCAACAACGCUCUGGAGGCGUUCCACAGCAGCUUAUUAAGGACAAUGGGGCCACAUCCUGGAGUGUGGAAGUUCCACGAUAACCUCAGGAAAAUUGAAAAUGCUCAGUGGCAGGACUACAAUCGAAUGGCGAAUGGCGUACAGCAUGUUCGCCAAAGAAGGCGUGCCUACGUGCGCCAAGACGCUGCAAUACACCAGGCGUCAACCAUGUUGAUCCAGGGGAGAUACAAUGAGGCGCAGUUCCUAAACCGCGUGUCGCACUUUACCUUGUCGUUAGCCGACACAAUGAGAGCUGAGCGAGUGCGGCUAGCGGCAAUCCCUGGCAAUGAUGGGCGCCGUGUAGCAGCAGCAGAACCAGUGAUGCCACCACCACUUCUGCAAGCUGAGCAAAAUCGUCGUCCUGCCCCUGAGAUUUGUAAACUUACUGUUUCGUUGUAG